AUCUCCGAGUUCUCCCCUAGAGUUUCCAGUCAUCUUCUUGCUCUUUGAAAAUUCAGUUCGGAUAGGAAACAAAUAACACAAAAACACCAAUGAUAAAUGCAUCAUUGAAGGCCACGCCUUGCAUUGGGGUCAUGUGCAUCGACGUGUCAGUGCGGCUAGAGGCCCUCUAUGGAAGGAAGUGGCGCAGCUAUAUGGCCGCCUCCAAUGCGAAGUACUUGGAGGCCGCGGGAGCCCAUGUUGUGCCCGUCUGGAUUGGUCGCCAGCGCUCCUACUACGCUACGCUGAUGGAUCAACUCAACGGCAUCCUCCUGCCCGGCGGAGCCAUCUUCGUCGACGAGGCCGACGUCCAGUCGCGACCCGACCUGACAAAUGAGGGUGUGCGGACCGCGGAAGUCAUAUACCAGCUAGCCAUGGAGCGGAAUAAGAAGGCGAGCGAUCCCGGGGGCUAUUUUCCACUGUUCGGCAUCUGUCUGGGUAUGCAGCUGCUCCUCAUCAACGCAGCUCAGAGCACGAAGGUGCGCACCAAGUGUCAGCUAAUGAAGAAGGCCCUGCCCGUGUGCCUCACUGAGGAAUACCGAAAGUCGAAGCUCUUCAUGGACAUGCCGAAUAAGUGCUACGCCUGCCAUUAUCACGGCUACUGCAUUACCCAGGAGAGCCUGAAGGAGUUUGGCCUGGCCACCGACUGGCAGGCCCUGGCCCUGCAGAAGGACCCUGGUGGCCAUGAGUUUAUCAGUCUCAUCGAGCACCGGCGCUUCCCCAUCUUCGGCUCUCAGUUCCACCCGGAGCGGUCCGCCUUUGAGCAGCUCUACUCCCGCGAGGACACCAGCAGGGAGUCUCACUCCCGGGAGAGCAUUCAGCUGGCCGAGCGUCUGUGCAGCCGCUUCGUCGACGCCUGCCGCCUCAACAGGAACCAAUUCGCCAGCGCUGAAAGCAAGUCUCGCCACCUCAUCUGGAACUUUCAGCCGGUUUUCAGUGGCAAGCACGAGAAAUCCAACUGGCUGCAGUGCUACCUCUUCGAGAAGAAUGUGGACUAUCCGGAACGAGACAAAAUUUAAAGUUUAAAUCCAGAUCCAGAUUAUCUAAUACAUCGAAUCUUUUUUGCCACAUCCCAUUGAAACUGCUCCUCUGAGCCUUUGCUUCGUUUUACAUUUUCCGCCCAAUGCAAAUUCCACUCUGUAAUUUUCGUUUCAAUUUUUGGGUCCUCUUUUGCCCCCUUUCUUAAGAAUUUUCCACUGACGGAAAGCUACAAGUAUUUUCUCCUUUGGCCUCUUCUGUUUUCACUCUCGCAAAUGGAAUAAUUUUGUACAUUUUUUUUAUGGGUUUUCCAGUGGCAUGAGACUCCAUGGUGAGGUUGAACUGGUCACUUUGUAUGGGAAUGUGUACCUUGUGUUAAUAAUUAAAGAAGAAACAAACAAACAAA